CUAAGCUGAGCCCCUUCGGCACACCCUACCCCUAAGGGAGGUGCUCAUGUCACUCAAGGCUCACUGUCCAAUCAGGACCUCCACGCGGCCAGUCCCGUCAGAAGUGGAGGAGGGUUCUUCCGGGUUCGCUGCUGCGGUUUCAGCCCCAUUGCUCAGCAGGCUGGCGAGGUUGCUGUGGUGUGCUCUGAGCUCCGCCUCUGGGUGUUGUGAGGGGAGCUCACAUGAGCUCCGAAGUCGCGAUAUGGAUGGAGUGACCUAUGAUGAUGUGCAUGUGAACUUCACCCAGGAAGAGUGGGCUUUGCUGGAUCCUUCCCAGAAGAAUCUCUACAAAGAUGUGAUGCUGGAGACCUACAGGAAUCUCACUGCUAUAGGCUAUAAUUGGGAAGACCACAAUAUUGAAGAACACUGUCAAAGUUCUAGAAGACAUCCAAGGUAA